UGUUAGGAAGCGACAGUGUGUCCUUCUACUUGACGACUCCACUCCUCCAAACUUCUCCCCCAUCUGAAGGAAGGAAGGAAAGCAAGCAAGCGGUCACGGCAAUGGCUUCUUGCAGCUCUCUCCACGGAAUCCUCUUCCUCCCUUUCGCAAACAAAACCCCCAAAAUUAUCGCAUCCGCCGUCGCCGUUAUAAGCCAUUCCACCGCUGGAAAUGGUAUCGCUUGGAAGCGGCUCUCCGCGAUCCGGUGGAAGAGCGUCAGAUCGGUCUCGGCGCUGGCGUCCUCGUCGACGGACGACCUCCGGCCGGCGUUGGAUGAGAACCCGGAGGGCAUCAUCUCCGGCGAGUGGCCGGAGAACUUCUCCCUCCUCAGCUACGACGACCUCCGCGCCUACCUCGAUACCCAAAUCAUCAGCGAGCAGAUGAAGCCGACGGCGCUGUUGGGGGAAGUGAUGUCGACGCAGAUCCGGACGGCGACGGCCGACCAGACGCUGGAGGAGAUCGAUCACCACUUUGAAGUCGUGUCGGGGCUUCCAGUGAUCGACGCAGAGCUCAAAUGCAUUGGAGUGGUCUCCAAGCAGGACAGGGCCAAAGCCUCCCAUGGGUUUUUGUGGUUCAGUAUUUGUAUGUCGAAAUCAAAGGUUGGUGAAGUCAUGUCCUCUCCUGCCAUCACUUUGUCACCUGACAAGACAGUUUUGGAUGCUGCAGCUUUAAUGCUUAAGAUGAAGAUCCAUAGGAUACCAAUCCUAAAUGAAAAACAACAGCAAGUUGUAGGGAUGGUUACUCGGACCGACAUAUUCCAGGCACUGGAAACCCAGGUGGUGUAAGCUCUCUGUUUCAUAAGAAUGCUGACCUGCUCUGUAAAUAUGAAAAUAAGUUAAAAGAUGCACAUAAAAUCUACGCAGCUGUGAAUAUGUGACUCCAAAUUGUGUAUUGUAUGAUAUGUCCUGUUCUUUUCUUUGUGGUGAAGCUGCUCUUGUUGUGGACCUGAAAUGCUUAGAAUGCAAACCUCGAUUUACUUUAGCUGUCA